UUCAGUUUGUAAUGCGAUUCGGGUGCUGUCAGAGAGGUGCAAUCGAAAAAGUUUGGCAUGUCGAACCACCCGGAAAAAAACCUUGAUUGUGUCAUCAAACACUGCAACAGAAAUUUACUUCUUUUCUGGUAGAAGUAUCUGUUGGCGUAGUAAUUUUUCUGUAGGAUACCGAAAUCGAAAAAGGAGGAGCAAAGCCUCGCACGAAAAGUCCAAAACGGCGUGAACAUAUCCCUCCACGCGGGGAACAGGAACCCAAAACAGUCCGUGCAGGGAACCGGCUUCGGAUCUGCGGAAAAAGCGCGGGACACGUUGAAGAUUAUUUCGAAACAGUGUCGCGAUUUAACGCACCAGAAGCAAAUUGUCUUGACCAUGUUUAACCGAGCAAAAUUCCAUCCGCACAGGUCAGACAAGAUGGUAGAGGCGAUGAAAGUGUUUGCGCCCUGGAUGAAGAAAAACGGGAUGAGGGCAGAGUUUUAGAUGACCGAACCGAAGAGCGCUACACUUCUCAGAGGACCGACGCUGACUUGUAACACGUGGGUCAGCUGAGGCUGGCACAGCAUUUUUCACGACCACCAGACCUUGAUAUUUUAUCAAAAAGAGCACCGCCACCUACGACCCCCACUGUCUUCUCCAGAAGAGACCACCUGAAAGGCGCAGUCGCUACCCCAUCUCGUUGUACUGAAACGAAGGUCAUGUUUGCCAAUAUCGCUAUGGUUGGUCCUUUCUUGCGCCAUUAUGAUUCCGCGGCAGCCCCCGCCUCGACGACGACGGGGCAUCAAUCUAGAUGUGCUACUUCUACUCCAAGAAGCUCCUGCGAUGCCUCAAAUUCCCUUUGGCACUUAUGCGCCGUGAAGGACAUUUCUCCAGCUUACGAGAUCCGUCAAGCGUACCCACAGAACGAGUUUCCAGUGUACAAAAAUGUGAACAGGCUGUAUUGCAAUCACUGCAAUCAGCUGAUCCUGCGCUUGGGCGAGCGCUGCCUGUUCUACUACUGCCAAAAGUGUCGGGACAGAAGUGUGAGCAGUUCUGCUCGUUUUGCUGCAGGUGCAGAGUCAAUAAAGUUCCAGAGGAGCUGCAGCAGCCGUAUAAUGACCCACAACUAUCGCCCACCAGCACCUUACUGCUUGUGCGCGACCUGCAACGAUCAAUUUCGGAUGAGUUUGGUGGCCUACCAAAUGCUGAAUGAGACUACAGAGAGAGAACAUGAGCGGGCGCGGGCUGAAAUGUUGGCGAGAACUGCAGCGGGCGCGGGCUGACAUGUUGCUCACGAACCUUAUUUAGCUCCAUUAUUCAUAUUCUUGCGCUACCCCACGACCUGCUGUGUAACUUACUACCGCGACCCGACUUUGAUGCUUGUGACCUUCAGGACUUCUACGCCUUUCCUCUCUAUCCGUGUGUGCAGUGAGAUUGAUGACUUGCGUGGUCGCUGCGCAACAGCAAAAUUGCGUGAAGAGCUCCACUGAUUCUGGUCUAGACGAUGAACAGGUGCUGGGAGAUCAUCGUCAUCC